UCUUAACUUCUUAUUGUCUCCCUUAAGAUGCAGAAGGACUUUGCCGACCUGGUUAUUUCAGCUGCCCUUCCUCUGGGAUUUGUCUCUCAAAUCGUGCCCUAUGUGAUGGGCUCCCUCACUGUCUAUUUGCGGAUGAUGAGGAUGAGAUGCAUUGUCUUCAAGCUAAUCAAGAGGGGAGGAGAAUGCUUAGUAGGCGCCAGAGUGCAGAACCUAUUGAUCUAUCAGACUGCCAUUGUGAGAAUGGAGGUACAUGUAUGGAAGAUAGUGAUACAGGAUACUACUGCAUCUGUACUGAAGAAUACUCAGGGGAUCAAUGUGAAAUUAUGGGGAAGGCUAAACGGCACCACUUGGCAGCAGUCAUCGCCCGUUGUACAUGUAAGAAUGGGGGUACGUGUACUCCAACUAGCUCAGGAUUUGGCUUUGUGUGUUCUUGUUCACCGGGCUUCCGUGGUUAUGAUUGCAGCCACAACGACAGUAUUCCUAAUGGAUCGUCUUCCCCUGCGGAGUACGGCAUUGCAAUGGGAGCUGCUGUUGUCGCUGUUCUACUUGUCAUGUUCGGUGUGGCUCUUUGCAUCUGUGUAAUCUUACAGUACUUGAGGCAACAGAGGGAUGGCCCAGAGAGUCCAUACAGUCGGACCCUGAGUCGAGAUGUGUACAGCGUAGAGGGUGUCGAUAUAGCAGGCUUGCAGAUGGAAACAGUCGAGCCUAAUGACUACAUCCCUCCCAGUUACAACCAGUGUAUGCACCCCUCCCCCAGUAGUCCUGAUGGGGACGUCUUCCUCACCCCAUCCCAGUCCAGCCAAUUCAGCGUUGGGUCACGAUGGAGGCUACGCACCCCUGAAAGCCCUCCCCCUACCUAUGAUGCCAUCUUAGGAUUCUGCAAGGAGUGUAGCGAGUUGGCUCUGCGUAACAUGGCCAAACAGCAGCAGCAUCGCGGUCAAUCUCAGCUGCAGACGCCAAGUAGCGAUCAAUUCGACACCAUGAGUGGGAUCAGUAGUAACUACACCACAGGGCCUAGCAGUGCAUUUAACACCGGUAACAAUACACCCAUUGGACCCAUGCCAUUCUCCCCUCGUGCCUUGUUCAGGGGUAGUGGCACAGGGCAAGGUGGCCCAUCCUCCCAGUCACAGACAGACAGUCCGUUAGAAGAGUUUGAAUUGAGGAGAGUCCAGUCAACGUGACCCCAACCAAAUCUCGCUUUGAAGGAGCCUUUUCCUCCCCUUCAAAUUUUGCAGCACCACAGAUUUUUCUACAUCAGAUACAUUUGUAUUUUGAAGAGAAGUAUUAUAUAGGAUCCAUGUUUGUGUAGAUCAAGUAUGCUGAAUAGUCUUCCUCAUUCAGUUGAUUUGCUUAUCAUAAUUAUAAUAGAAUUAUAGAUAUUAUCUAUCCUUAAUCAGUAAAAUAGACAAACUAAUGCAUUUACCAAAUGAUAGUCUUAUGUAAUUGUCAGGUAUGAAAUACUUUCCCAAUACUUGCCUGUAUCCUUGUUGUUAUGACGUGGUUCCUAUUUAUGAAACAUUUCAACGAAAAUGUUCAAUCAAUCAAAUUUGUUUAGGAAAAAAUGCUGAGCUUUGUUGCUCAGCGUUUUGCAGAGUUACUUGACAAAAGGAAGCAAGUGACAUUUUUCAAUGAGCUAAGAUUUGACAAAUUGAUUUGAGGCCAAGUUUCAUACUAAAACACUAAUCCUAGUGCAUCAAAGUGCGCAUAUAUUUUGUUUUUUACUUCAUAUCUCCAUUCAUUAUCACCAAGUAGUGCUAUGUCAGACAUGUUUGGCCCUCCUAAAGUUGAUUGUUAGGAGACUACGCAGGUUUUUUUUCACCAUUGACAAAAUGCUAAU